AUGAUUUCAUUUGGACGCCUCGUUGUUGCCAUCUUCGCAACCGGCUCAUCUCUCCCGUCCACUUUCUAUUAUGGUUACAGUAUCUUGAAGCACUACGGUGGCAAUGGUCCCUACUCAGAUCGAGUGUCUUAUGGCAUUGACCGUAACCCUCCAGCUGGCUGUGCGGUCGACCAAGUCAUUGGUCUUUUUCGCCAUGGAGAACGUUAUCCAGACCCAAGCACUGGUAAAGAGAUGGUCGCUGCAUUGGACAAAUUGUAUGCUGCGAACACCACUUUCAAGGGGGACUUGGCUUUCUUGAAUGACUGGACUUAUUUCGUUCCUUCGACAUCAUACUACGCUCAAGAGACAUUUACAGGUCCGUACGCAGGCUUGCUGACUGCUUAUUCGCAUGGAACUGAGUAUGGAGCCCGUUACGGGUAUCUUUGGGACGGUCAUUCGGAUAUUCCUAUCUUUUCUAGCGGCUACGAGCGUGUCAUCGAGACGGCCAGAAAGUUAGGAGAAGGUUUCUUUGGAUACAAUUAUUCAAGCGUUGUGGCGCUGAAUAUCAUUCCCGAGGCCGAUUCGCAAGCAGCUAAUAGUCUGACACCGAGUUAUAGCUUGACGGGUUCACUGCCAAUCUUCGAUGUUGCGGCUGCGAGGAUCAUGUCACAGAACCCGGCGGUGAACAUCAGUGCUUCCAAUGUGUACUAUCUCAUGCAAAUGGCCGCAUUCGAGUUGAACGCUCGUCCCUUUUCUGACUGGAUCGACGUAUUUACGUUGGACGAGUGGGCCAGUUUUGGCUACACUCAAGAUCUGAGUUAUUAUUACUCUGUUGGUCAGGUUUACGUUAAUGCAACAGCAACUCUUCUCAACGAUGGCCCCAGGAAUGGUUCAUUAUUUUGGAGCUUUGCCCAUGACACAAACAUAACUCCAGUCAUUGCAGCACUUGGUAUCCUCAAUCCCUCCCAAUCUCUUCCCACCGACCGUGUAGCAUGGGGAAACCGGUGGUCAACUGGCAACAUCGUCCCGAUGCAAGGACAUGUCAUCCUCGAACGUCUCAGUUGCAAUGCCACAGCAAUCGCGCUCAAAGACACGUACGUUCGGAUUGUGCUCAAUGAAGCCGUCGUCCCUCUCCAAAACUGUCAGAACGGUCCUGGUUACUCGUGUUCCUUGUCGAAUUAUACCAAUUUCGUCAGCACGCUGCCGAGCUUCACCGAAAGCUGUGGAAUCCCUGCGGACGUUUCGCAGCAUUUGAAUUUCUUUUGGAAUUGGAACAAUAUGAGUAUUUAUGAUUACCAAAAUGGGACGAUACCGUAUCACGAUGCGGCAACGAAUGUGUAGUCUAUUGAAAAAGUACAUUUUUCAACGAAUGGAGGAUAGACUUUAAAGUCAAAAGAGCACCUUGAUGCUGAAGAUACAUGCGAAUCGGCAGGUGGCUAGCUGGAACUGGUGGAAGCUGAAUAAUAGAAAUCAGUAUGAUAAUUCCCAUAACAUGGAGAGUGCAGUCAUACUUCUUCCCACCUUGUGUUUCUAUCCCCACUUUUUCUCUUUGAUAUUGUGAGACUUGCGUAGAUUCUGAUCUAUAAGGUGUAAGAUCCCUUUUGGCUCAAUCUUUAGUCCCAGUCUAUACGAACCUAAAGGUAUCCCAUAAAUAGUACCGGUAUGACAAUUUGCUCCAUCUUCCACUGAAUGCUCCAGACCAGCA